UUCCAAGUUAGUUUUGUUUAUUGAUAAAACAAAUUAAUUUAAUUAUUGUAAACUCUCACAAAUAUUAAUUAAAUCUUAAAAAUAGUUUUGUCAGUGUUGAAUGUGAAUGAAAUAUUGUAAACUGUAGCAUACACGAGCGCCGGCGUCAGGAAUGGUGCCCAACAGGCUGGCAGCAUUGCCACGUUGAAUCGCAAGGCUGAUCCGUUGACCAAGAUAGCUGCCAGCUUUUGGGCACCAGUCACUUCGGUGAGUCUCUUUGAUAAUGCCUUGGAUCCCAUGGGCCCAUAGGAUCAACAACAAAUGGCACAAAUAUAUAGUUCUCAUUGAGAGCUGAAUAUUUGCGCCGCUCAGCAGAGGGCGCCGCUGCGCCCGCAGCAAGUGAGGUGCACCCCGUAUGGCACGGAGCAAGCGUAUCUACGCAAGUUGCGUCCCAUACAAGAGGGCGACCCCGCUUCUAAGCUAUGAGCGUCAUCCCGUCAGCCAUCUUGUCAUCGUCACGGAAGAUGCCGCUAGGCUUAAGGACCGCUGGCACGUUAACUGCGACAAGAGCUCUGCGGAUGACGUCAUUGAUGCAGGCGUGGCGGGAGACUCGGCAAGCGCUCAUUUGGCAUGAGAGACCAUGGUGACCCAACUCACCGACGCGAGUAUCGCAGCGACAACGAUGGGGAUGAUUCGUCUUGACAUGAAGUCGAAUCGAUAUUUCCAGGGACAGAGUGCUCUUGUCAAGCAAAGUUCCAAUAUUAGCUGAAGGUAAAGCUUGCAACCAGUAACCAGACUCUGCCUGAAAGCACGCUCUGUGGCGUUUUCGGAAGAAGCUAAAAAAUCACUUUAAAAACGCAAACAGAGCGGCUAGCCCCUCUGUCUCUGAGAAGAUAAAGAGGUUGGUGGAUCUACUCCCGGACAUGCCCUUCAUGAUGCAUGAUUUCUAAAAAUAUUAUUUAUCCAUUAGUGUAGUGGUGUUGUGUGUUAAAAGAGUUGAUAUAAAACAACGGGGAAAACUAACGCAUCAUAUAAGUAUAUUUAAUCACAGGAAGAAAUAAAUGUACUAGCCUAAAAUUUCCAGUAAAUUAUUAUUAAACCCAGCGAUCUCGAAAUUAUAUUAGUAAUAGGCAUGUGUUACCUUACAUUAUUAUUAGUCCAGAGAUAUAAGCGUGUGGUUUCCUUAACUCGAACAUCGAAAACUUCAAUAUCUUUGGGGCUAAAAAUUACACCGAGAAUAAGUAGCUUUAUAACAAGGAUUUUCUUCGCUUCGUGUUUAUGGCCUCUCUCUUUUUUUAUCUUAUUUCUUGUAAGUGGUAAAAAGGAGAUCAUCAUCAUCAUCAGCCUAAUAAUGCUUCUACUGCUGGGGCACAGGCCUUCCCUAUGAAUGGAAUUGGGAGAUUGGGACAUGACCCACGUCGUGGGCCCAGUGCGGGUGCUAACGACUGCGAUGCAGUCGGGACCAACGGUUUAACGUGCCUACCGAAGCACGGAGGAACUCAAGAUAGAAGUUUUUUGGUCACCCAUCCAAUGACCGACCACUGCGAAAGUGGCUUAAAUUCAACGAUCGCAGCCGAACACCUGCGCCAUCGAGCUCCACCAUUUAGGUGUUUUGAUAUUAAAAUAAAUUGAAAUUUUUAGUUUUUAUGCGGGAUGUCGUCAAAUCUUUUAUAACAAAAAUACGCUUUAUUAAUAUGAAUGAAUAGUUGUAGAUUUUUAUGUUACAUAGUUUUAUAUAAAAAGUGUUUAUUAUGAAAUAUGAUAUAUUUAUUUCGUACACACACAAAAAAAUAAUUAUACUAUCAUAUAAUAUUUUACUGAAUAUCAAGGUUCAAGUUCAACGUCCUAUCAAAUGAAAAAUUUAGUUAUCGUAAUAGGGAGUUGAAUGUUGGACGAUUAGAGGGUUUGUUGUAUAGAUUUCUUAUUUCUCUGUAAAAAGGAGAUUCAGAAAAAUAAUCACAGGUAUUCGAUAAAUCAUAUUUAAUGUUAUUUAAUGUUCAAAUCUAGAUUUCCGAAGCAGAAUCUUUAAUUGCGUUGUACAUUGUUGUGUAAAACUGUCAACACAAACAAGCAGGAUAAUGUUGUUUGUUGUAAUAUUGUCAAUUUAAAAAUCUUAUUAUAAAAUUAAUAGUCUCUUCUUCAUUCAAUACGAGCGUGAACCGACUAAUCCCUAGCAUUUGCUACGUACUAGAAAACAUUAAUAUUCAUUUAAAAAUUAAUGAUUAUUUAUUAUAUUAUAACAAUAAAAUCGCCACUACUUUUAGUAAUUUGAGAAACUAAAAAAAUCUGUCGCUUUAAUAACCCUUUGAAAACUUUACUAGCAGACAUUAAACUCGCUUAAUUCAAACAUUUUAACAGGAUGUGCUGUGUUGGCAUGAAACAAACUCAACUUCUCAGUACAAACAUUGCAGUGUUUGCCUUCGACGAAUAGUGAAGAUGCUUUUUUUUUAAAUAAGAUCUUUGCUAAUAUUUUAUCGAUAUGACUAGGUUUAUUCUCUAAACGAAAUCGUUGGAAUCUGCUUAUAUUUUAAUCAUACUGUUGAUUUUGAUUGUUGACUUGCUCACUUGGCUCAAAGAAGAAAAACCCUUAAAGCACUUUAACCUAAAAAUCAGUAAAAUUAUUUAUUUAUUUUUAUUUAUUGUGAUAAAAACGACAAAGAGCAAUUACAUUUAUCACACAUUUACAUUUUUAAGUUUCACACAUUUUAAAUGGAUGUCAUAAUAUGUCAUAAAACGUCAAUAUUAAUAUAAUAUACUAUAAAUAGGGUAAGCAUUUCAAAUAAAUAUUAUAUGUUUUAACAAAAAUUAAUGUCAAGCGCUAUCCUCAUUGUCAGCGCAAACAGUAUUGCUCCAUUGAUCCGUCAGACUUUCACAAUAACAUAAUAAUGCUGACUUGAUGGUAGACCAACUGUCAAAAGAAAAGUCAAAUUCAGUGUUGGCGUCCCGGAGUGCAUUGAGGUUACGCAAUGAUCUAACCAAAGGUGACAUCGCACGCGCCACGGUGUGACCCCUGUUUUCGUGGAAGAGAUUAUGUUGCCGCGGAGGACCACGCCUGCGUUCCGGUGGAAGCCCAGGUUUGUCCGGGACAAACAGAAUACACAAAAGAUUGUGCAAGUGGAGGCAAUCAACAGAUCCUUUAAGCGUUUUCACACAGAUGGUUAGUUGGUCGACGAGUCUUCGCACCUCGAGGGAAUUGAAACCGAGAUGUCCGAGUAAAAAUUUUGUUGGGUACCGAAAUGGAUAAUAGCCAUAGGUUUUUUUGUAGAGAAACCUUAAAAAGGCCUUCUGUACCUUCUCCAGCAUUCGCACAUAUGUGACCUGAUGAGGGUUCCAGACACACGCACUCGAUUCAAGCUUGCUCCUAACUAAUGACGCAUAAAGAAUUUCCACAACCUUUGGACUCUGAAAAUCCCUGGCAUGUCGCAAAACGAAACCCAGACGACGGUAACACUCUUUUGUUAAACAAAAUAUAUGAUCGUGAAAAUUCAAGUUACGAUCGAACGUCACCCCUAAAUCUUUAAUACAGUUGAUUGCCCUAUUAAUGGGAAAGUUGUUCAUUUUAUAAUUAAAAUGUAUUGGUCUUCUUUUACGAUCAAAGGUCAUUACAUUACAUUUACUAUGAUUAAAUUGCAUUUUAUUUAUUAAGCUCCAUUCUUGAAUUUUGUCAAUGUCAUCUUGUAAUCUAAGGCAGUCAUCAAAUGAUUUAAUGUUAAAAAACAGCUUCAAGUCGUCUGCAUACAGAAGACACUUAGCCGCAGCCAAUACCUUGGGUAGGUCAUGAAUCAUAAUAAGAAAGAAAAGCGGUCCGAUCACAGAGCCCUGACUGACACCAGAUCUAGUAGGGUACUCCGCGGAUAUAUAAGAUCCGUGCUUUACAUAUUGGCGACGAUCUCUUAAGUAGUCAGAGAAAAAAGCUAGGAGAUUGGGAGCAAACCCAAUGGCAGCAAGCUUUUGCAAUAAUAUGUCAUUGUCAACUCUGUCAAAGGCUUUCUGAAAGUCAAAGUAUAUUACGUCAACUUGCAGCCCACUGUCCAUGGCGUCAGAAAUAUAGUCAACCAAACAUAGAAGAUUUGUAUUAACAGAACAACCCGGUCUGAAACCAUGCUGCUCAUCGCCUAUCAUCUGUUUAAUCUGUCUAUAUAUCUCCUUGUGCAAAAUGUACUCGAAAACCUUUGCAGGUGCGCAUAAAAUUGCUAUUGGGCGAUAUUCGUCAACAAGGUUCCUAUUUCCACUCUUAGGAAUGGGUGUCACCCUUGACAACUUCCAUUGAGUAGGAUAUGUAGCCUUUCUUAGAGAGAGAUUCAUUAUAUGAUAGAGAGGAAGUAUCAAAUAUUUUUUGCAAUCCUUAAGAAUAAAACUAGGCACGUUAUCAGGGCCGAGCGAACCACUUGACUUUAGUCUAUUCAAACCACAUUCGAUGUCUUGGGGUGAUAGUGAAGAAAGGUUAACGCAACAACCCUGCGCAACCUCUUUCCGGCAUGCAUUUUGGGCAUUAAGCUGUACAGUUUGAUCUAAGAACACACUAGCAAAGUAAUCAGCAAAAGCUUCAGCAGCCUCAACGCCCAUGCAAGAAACUCCUUUGUAAGAGAUACAGGGUUCAAAUCCUCCCCUGGACCUUAAUCUAUGCACGUGGCCCCAAAAAUCCUGGGGUCUCUUCACCAGUCUCUCUUCAACACUAGCCAAGUGAGCCCUGUAAGCCUCAGAGAUUCGUAACUUUAUGUUCGAACGCAGGGCCGAAAAAACACCGUACGAUUCUUCGGACCUAGUUGUCACCCAUGCCCUAUGCAAACGUGUCUUCCGUUUGAUAUCCUUAAUAAUAUCCCCAGUAAACCAAACCGGAUAUCUACUGCCCGCAUCAGCGCGUCUUUGCUUUUUAGGAAUUGCGAGAUCGAAUAUACUGUAUAAAAUUUCGUAAAAGGCAUCUACCGCCUUAAAGACGUCGGUAGAUUCGAUGACAUGCUCCCAGGAAACAUCAGCUAACAGCGAUUUCAAAUCAACAAUGUUUACUUUAUUGAAAUUCCAAUCGUGUGAUGAGUUAAUAUUGCUUGGUUGCAAUUUAUUACAAUUCCUAUCAAGGGGCCGGAAACUAACCACUAUCUCAAGUGGGGGGUGGUACAGUUUAUCAGGACAGACAAAACCUUCAGUAGCUGCACUCACAGAUAAUCUUGGAGACUGCGACUCAUUGCACUCCUGCGCCAACACUACGUCAAGAAUGCUUCCAUGGAGAUUAAUUAUACUAUUAUAGUCUAUAAGAUUACAAUAUGUCAAAAAGUAACAGUAAUAAUUAUUAAUAUUAUUGGAUGCACUAUUCAUAUUUAAGUCGCCGAGAACAAAACAAUUUAUAUUUAAGUUAUCUGUCAGAAAUGAUUCUAUGUUACACAAAACAUUCAUGUAGACAUCAUCAGUAGCUUUUGGCUUGAUAUACACUACACACACAAUGAAAGAACUGCCACGGUAUGUUACAGUGGCCCAUAAGUCUUCGCCGCGCUCUGACUCGAGCUCCUGUCUGCGUCGGAUAGUGACACCAGGUCUUGCGGCAAGUAAAACUCCCCCGCAGGGAGUUGGUCGGUCACGUCGCAACAGAGUCCAGCCAUCUGGCACAAGCUCGGAGUCAUUUACAGAGCUGUCUAGAAAUGUCUCCGUUGCGGCCACGAGCAGAUGAUCUGAGGCCAACAGGCUUGUAUACCAGGAGGUUAUUUUUGUCUUCAGUCCUCUAACGUUCUGAUAGAAGAUGUUGAUUUGCAUAGAUGCGACGGUAUCAUUACGGGGACGGCAUCGGCCUGCUGGAUGGCUGCUCACGAAAGGGCUGAGAUCUAUUUGGAGAAUCAACUGAUAUAUUGUUAUUUGUAUACUUUUUUGGUCUUUUGAAGUUCACCCAGGCUUUGAUUCUGGCGUCCACAGGCCACACGUCUGUCGAGCAGCAAGUAUCAUAGUAAAUAAUAGGCACACCUAUUUUAUAUGAUUUGUAGUCACCUUUUGCAGUUAGCUCUUCCACAGUACAGGAACCAUUGGGACAAAGCUUGUGAAUAUAAUCACGCACCUCCCCGAUGCCGGAUUCCAUGUUCCAAAGGUGUAUGUGUUUGCGUACCUCAACGGCUUUUAGUGCUGUCACUGAGGCGUCUGCAGUGCCACACUUGAAAGCCGGGCCUCGACUUUUCCCUCUGACCUUAGGCAGAUGUUGUGUAUCGUUCACUUCAGUAUCAACUAAUGGUAAAGCCUGCAUUUUGUCGCUUGAUAAGGUACUUUGGAUUAUACGACCCGACUGCGGCUUUGGAGUAGGAGAAGGCUGUGUAACAAAGUUCCUCUUAUUUUCAUUUUGCUUCGGGGGAUCUGCAGUUUUAGGUGCUUUUUUUGCAGAUGUUUUGUUUGAUCCUACAUGACAAUGCUUCAAUAAUGAUUGCCUUGAUGUAACUGGCUGAGCUGCUACCGUUGGAUGUUGAUCAAUCUCGUAUUUGUUGUGUAGUUGAGCUUGGAGUGAUUUAACUUCAGAGACAAAGUUUGCUAUUUUUGUUUCAUAUUGGGUUAUCACAGUUUGAUGGUUGGCCAUUUUAGAAUCAUGACUACUUAAUUUUACAUCAUAGGCUGUUAUAGUAGAUACUAUGUGAGCUAGUUGAUUCUUUAGAAGGACUACCUCUUGACGCAAUUCACGCAACUCAGAAAUCAGUUCCUGCUCAAAAUUGUUUGCUGGUGUUUCACAACCGAUCACAUUUGGCUUCUUCCUAUGCGUAACAUUUGGGUCGUUUCGCCUUUUGGCUGUCCCAACAGGCGUCAUGUUGUUGUCUCCACCUCUUUUGGACGUGCAACAGCAUUCAGGGCAUAUCCAAAAUUCAGGCACACAAUCUGUAUUUCCAGUGCAUAAUAAAUGGUAUUUUUUUUUACAUUUCUCUGUGGUGCAGCAUAAAUAAUCCUCUUCUUUGCCAAUACAAGUAUUACAAGCAGCACAGCUCAUGGCGCAGAUAUUCUAUGGACUCUUCUCCGUACAAAAAUAUUUUGCCACAAAAAUUGGAUUAUGUGUCAUCUAUGGCAACACUACCGAAAAAGUCAAUUUCAAUUAUGAUGUUGUCAUUUGAGUUUGACAUUAAAUUAUGUAACUUUGGAGGUAUUUCUUAUUCAACUAGUGACAGGUUCGAAUUAUUUAAAUAAGUGGGUAUAAAAACAUAAUUUAAUUAUGUUGAUUUCUAAUGUCUAUCGGUGAAAAUAAACCUGGAUAACAACACUACGUCACAUUCCAGAAAAACACUUCACUUAACGAGCACUUAUGUAUACGUUUCUUGGAUAAUAUUAUUAAUAUGAAUAAAUAGUACUAGAGAGACUUGUUAUGGUAAAGGAGGCAGUGUUGCCACGUUAUAUUAUAUCUUUAUAUUAUUUUAAAAUCCCAAAAAAGAUCUCGCUGUAAUUAUAUUCAUCCAUAUUGCGUCAAUCCUAAUCAGCGUUUGAGGAUUUGAUGCAAUUUUAAUUGUAUUUUUUUAUGUUUUGGGAGUGAAAUAAAAUCAGGAAGAAGUAAGAAAUCUAUACAACAAGCCACAUAAUCGUCCAACAUUCGACACCUUAUUACGAUAACUUAAUUAUUCAUUUGACAGGACAUUGAACUUGAACUAUGACAUUCAGUAAAAUAUUAUAUCAUAUUUCAUAAUUAACAUUUUUAUAUAAAACUAUGUAACAUAUAAAUCUACAACCAUUCAUUCAUAUUAAUAAAGUGUAUUUUUUUAUAAAAGAUAGGGUUGCCUUUGCACACAUCCCACAUAAAAACUAAAAGAGUCAACUUAUUUUAAUGUAAAAACACCUAAAUGUCUGAAGUUUAGUUUUUUUUUCUAAAAUCUGUAUGAAACUAUGACCCUCAUUUAUUUAUUUAUCAUUAGUCACACCAAAAUACACUAUCAACAUACAUAGACAUACAUACAAAAAACAAAUACACAUUACACCAAAAUAGUAUCUGAUAUACACUUAUUAUAGGCAUGUACAACAUUUUCAAUAGUGUUUCCAAUAUGCAAGAACAAAACGAGACUUGGCCAGUCUUGGUCUUGCGUCUUGCGCUAAUACACCUGGGCUUGGUCUUGGUAUUGUGCUCCCAAUCAAACUAUUAGCCUUUUGCUAUUUUUAUUAAACGUUACUUUAGAUCUUAGAUCAACGUAACGGAGUAGGUACAUUUUGAGCUUUAAUUAAUAUAGCCAUAGUAAAGACCAACCAAAUUAAUAAAUGUCUGAAUAUUUAAUGAGGAAUUCGUAAAAUCAACUGACACCGGGUGGAGUUUGAACCCACGACCUAAGCGAUCAGUGCCGAUGGUCUAACCUACUGAGCUAUCUACCGUGCCCCACGGGAAGUCAGUCUGAUUCUAAAUUCUAAUAAGCUUGAACGUUUAAUAUGCUUACAUGUGCUAAAACAUGGUCAAAACAAAUGAAUGUCAUUAAGGUGGUUCGACGCGCUCAGUGGCGCCACCAGUGGAAAUAAAUGAAUUGCGUUUUAAACAGGACUCUGAAUAAAUGUUUUGAUUAUUUCGCGCAAAUAAAAGAGAAAUAAUGGCUAAUUUACGAAGCGACUUUCAGCAAUACAAUAUUAAUCCUUAUCCAAUUUAGUACUUUAAAAUACAUUAUGCAUGUAAUAAAGAUAAUAUGGUCUUUUACAGUAUGUAAUUUUAAUGAAUAUUUUCGAAAAAUGAAGAUGAUACAGAUUUAAAAUGCAGAGACAGCGGUGCCGGCCAGGUGACAGCCGGCGCGUGCCAUUAAAUAAAUAAAAUUUGAUGCAAUAUAGAAUGGACUUUGAGAAAGGAUAUAGGCUACUUUUUAUGCUGGGUAAAAUCACAUCCCUACGGGAUAACGUCGUGUAGUCCACGCGGGAAAAGCCGCGAGCGAAAGGCUAGUAAAAAUUAUAAAUCCUUUUUCCUCAUGAAGUGAUAAUUGUUCUGGUAUAUAAUAAAUCAUAUAAUAAAACUUUUUAUUUCCAUACUUUAGUUAGUACGUUGGUUUUAGUUUCUAUGAGGUAGUAGCUUGUACCCAGAAAGGUUCCAUACUAUUGUGGGUUAAAUCUUGCUUAAUAAUAAUAUUGUAGAUAGGGGGAAAAAUAUACUUACUUAAAGCUAACUUAGAAUAAUUUCGUAGUAUUUUGGUUAUUAAAAAGAUUAUAUUUCUACAUUUUAAUCAAUGAUAUUUCAAAAUUCCGGGGCCGCUGCGUAGUAUUCGACUAAAUUAAGAGACUAAUCCAUGAGCUCAAAAAUGCUUCGCGCAAUUUAUGAAAAUCGUUUUUUUUUUAAAUUUUGAGUAUAAUAAAAAAGUUAAGCAAAAUUUAAAAGCGAGGCCUCUUCGAAAUAUUCCAAUAGUUUUCUGUGGCAUUCAAUAAGUCAAAAUUAUUAAUGUAUUUUGGUUUCUGAGAUCAAGAAUGCCAAAAAUUGCCAUUUUACGCAAAAUUCACAGUCAAGAUGUAAUAGGCCCAGGUAUAUUAAGUAAAAUUUUUUUGCGCCUCAUAGCGUCCCUAAGCGUAUACCCUAACUACCAUACUCCCUGAAACGACACUCAGUCCUAACUGCAAGACGCAAGAAUCUCGCAGCCUUAGUCUUGUUCUUGCUCAAAUCUUGCACGGUCAGUCUUGGUCUUGGUUUUGCUAAAAUUAGGCGGUCUUGGUCUUGGUCUUACGAAAAUCCUAGAACAAGACCAAGACUGCAAGACCAAGACCGAUUUUGGGCAACACUAAUUUUUAAUAACUAUCCUAAUCAUCGAGUUCUGGAGGGGAGAACGUGUCUAGGCAAACGUAGUGUAGGACGUACUCAGGAACGAUGGAAUGACGAUUUAGGCAAGGUGGCUGGCAGGGGCUGGAUGCGAGUAGCCCAAAAUCGAUCUGAGUGACGUGCAAUUGGAGAGGCCUAUGUCCAGCAGUGGACUAGGAUAGGCUGUUGAUGAUGAUGAUGAUCCUAAUCAUCUUUGCAAUGUGACGUCGUUUUAGCAGUUGUGUGGAGAUAUUAACAGCUACUCUGGGCGUCGAUUCUCCUAAGCUAAUGUAAAAAUUGUGUCUCAAAAGUAUCCCUUUUUGAAAUAGUUCCGUUACUACGUAAAACAUAAAAUAACAAGAGUAAAUAAAAACAUUUUUGAUUUUAUAUUUUAGGCCCACUUGCAGCAAAUUUGCUAAAUCUCGAUUAAACUAAAACUAGAUAUAGCCCAUAGAAAAAUGUCAAAACGUCAUAAUCAAUUUAACAUUAUUGUAAAUAUAUUCUUCCUUAAAUGUAGAUUUAGCAAAUUUGCUGUAAGAGGACCUUAUUAACACUCAAAAAUCAAAACAAAUGUAACACCAUUGAUGCACUACUAUUAUUUAACCAGAAUCUACACCUUGGAAGCUUGUAAUAGUUGACCUCAAGUGCAAAUGUAGGCUACGAUAUGGGACGAUUCUAUAAGAUUAACAAAAACUGACGCGGAGGUUCUUUUAAUGCGACCAUCAAAAGCAAUUCCAAUCUUGAUUUUUUAAUAAAGUUUACUAUUAAUGAUUUAUAAAAGUACCUAUGCAAUAGCAACUUAAUUUUUUUAAAGGUUAAACAGACCCAUUCUUGUAGUUCUUUAAAUAAAUCUCUCUGAAAUGGUCACAACAGAGCACGCAUAUCACGUAUAUAUUUAGUAUUAUGCUCGACGACAAAAUCUAAAAAUUAGUUAAAAUCCUUGAGAGUAUCAUAUAAACUUUAAAAAAGGGCUUGAGUGUUAAACUAACUUUAUUAUUACCGAAUAUAGUAUUGUCAUUAAUACAUUAGCAUCUCAUAAUCAUAAAAUGAAUCGUAUUAGACUUUCAUCGUUCUUUAACUAAAUUGCCAACAACCGCUUAAUCUGCCUUAACGACAAGGUGACUACGUGAAAAGCUACAACGAUUUGUAUUUAUAAUGCCAGCUAUUAAUUUACUUUAUACCUAUAUUAUUAAAUGGGUUCACUCUAUCUGGCAGAAUCUUGUUGCUCCGAAAUUUGGCAAUAACAGACAAGAACAGACAGGCAUGUCCGCACUUACACUGACAUACUUUUUUAGGUGGCACAAUUUUAUACAUAUUUAGGCAUAUUUACCUCUGGCAAAAAUUUAAACUGCAUAAUUUUGUUAAGCAUGAUCGGUUUUGUGGUAGUGGUUUGGGUUGCGUUACUGUUGUAACUAAAACAUAGUUAGCCACCUUAUUUAAUAGAUAAGGAAAAAUUAAAUAUUUGUAUGCCUAAAGGCGAUUCUGAGUGUGACCUUCUGCGAUAUGAUGGUUCUGCUUUGGUUAUUUAAUUUAUAUAUCUAAAGAUGAUUUUGGCUUACAAAAUUAUGAGUUUAAAUUUCUGAUAAAUGAGUGAUUGUCAAAAUAUUUUCAGCGAAAUGAAGUUGAUUCCAUCCUCUGAUAUUAAUAAUAACAUUGAAAUUUUCUGCGAUUAAAGGUAGCCCCUUAUUAAAGCGGUGUCAAAUUUCAACAACUGACAUUUCUUCAUCUACAAAAUUUGAAAAUGUGAAUUCCAAAGCGCGAUGCUAUAACUUGUGCUAUUUUAUUGUCACUUAACGAAAUCGGCAGUAUAGUACCUUUACGCACUUUAACGUCUUUGUUACAAAUUACUUAAGUGCAUACCUACACGUUUAAUUGUCCAUAAGACAUGGAUUUUAUAUGCAUGAAUUUUACGGACACACAAAAGAAAUAUUAUGAUUCGUCGUAAGUACCUACAUGCAUUACUGCAACAUUGUGGCAUUAUGUUGCCUCUGCAGUAGAACUUCUGGUGAAUUCUGAGUGUAAUGAUGCUAUACGAGUUUACCGUUCGAGAAUCACAUUCGCCCAAUGUUUACUUCGCACUUACUGACUUCCCGAAGACAGUUUGUUUGUUGUUGUAUGUGGUUGUUAUUGUACUCAAAUUCACUUGAUUUUGCUUUAAACGGUUUGUUUCAUAUUUUUUUAUUGCCCAUGUUAGUUUCACCGGAGCAGUUAUUAUUAUUUGAAACACUUGCGGCCGCCCGUGGCUUAGUUAGUUUUUUGAGAAUCCCACAGGAACUAUGUGUCAACAUAGAUGAUAAAUUAUAAAUAUGCCAAAAUUAAUCCAAAUCUGUUCAGUCGCUUUAGCGUGAAAGAAUAAGAAACAUACAUAUAAACUUUCAUAUUAAUAAUAAUAAAAGUAGGAUUGAACUUUGUUAUAUCAAUUAAGAAUAUGAUAAGGAUCAAAACGAUUAAUGCGAGAUUAUUAAUGGAUUGACGUUAGUAACAUAUAUACAAUCCUAUAUUGCGUUUAUACCCGCGUUAUACUUUUCAUUUUAUUUUCAUUUUUUACGUAUUCUGUAUAUUCCUAUCAUACAGUUCACUGAAGAUAUACAACAUACAUUAAUGUAUCACUACCUGAAAGUUUUAAAGUCAAAUGAAAGUCUUUACUAUGUUUCCAUAAUACAUAUUAUCGUUGUCCUUAUCUAUUUAAGCAAUCUAUGCAUAUUUAUUUCAUUCUACUUUAUAAAUUUAAGAGUGAAGUUAUUUGAUAAACACAAAAGUUUCCACGUAUUAUCACAUCGUCUGUGGAUUCAAGAACCCUACUGCGUUACGAUAAAGUUGAUAAUACCCCUUUGUGUCUGCAGCAAUAGGUAAUUUUAAUCUUGAAUCGCGUCGUCGCUUUGUCUGGGAGUAACGUUAUCACAGUGUUUUUAAAUCACUGGUGACAUGCCGGCAAAUAAGCCCGAUCAUGCCCACGAAUACCAAAACAGGUUUGGAGACCAGUUCCUCUACUUUGUAGUAAAACUUUACAGAUGCAGACUGAAAUAAUCUCAAGCUAUAAAUUUAAAAAAAAGUUGUAUGCAUUAAAAUUGUUAUUUGGUUCGAAAUUAAAUCAACACGAAGGCUACUAGGUACCUACAUCGUUUUAAUUGUGAUUUCGCUGUAAAGCUUCCUAAUGUAUUGACUCCUCCGUUAUCUAAUAAGGAAGACAAUUAUUAUUGAUUGAAUAUCGGUUUGCAAAACGUUUAAUUAUCUGCAAAAAUUACAUGGAUAUAUUUAUUUAACCAUCACUGAUUAUUUCUGUCAGCGAUUUGACCGUGACUUUUAAAAUCAACGUAUAUCUUGUACAAUAUUUUACUUCGAUAAAAAUUGUAUUCUCAUGUUGCGUACAUGCAGUUUUUUUUACUUUGGCUGUAUGUGGUGCUACAACUUUCUAUAAUACGGCUCUAUUUUCAUUAAGAGAUUUUAAUCGAUGACAGUAAAUUGCAAAAUGGAUUAUUACUCUGAUUAUUAUUUGCUAGAUUUGAAGAGCUCACAAAAAUAAGUCUGUGUUAGUAUAUGCCAAACAAAAAAUCAUGUUACUUUAUUAAGCAACUAAAUUAAAUAUUUUGAAUUUGUCAAAAUUACCUAUAUAUAUUUAAUCGAUGACAAUAAAUAGCAAUAUGGAUUAUUACUCUGAUUUAUUAUUUGCUACUUUGCUAGAUUUGUAGAGCUCACAGAAAUAAGUCUGUGGUAGUAUAUAAAAAACAAAUAAUCAUGUUUGUUUAGUAAGCAACUCAAAUAAAAUAUUUUGUAUUUGUUAAAAUUACCUAUAUAUGAGGCCCUAACUUUUUAUUAGUUUGUAUUGUAUUGAAUUAACAUAAUGGAAGAAAAAUUAUGUGCAUUUUAAAAUCAAAUAUGUACUGCUUUUUUAUCUACUUCACAAGCUAUCUGCACAAUGCAUCAAAAUAAUUACAAUCAAUAAAAGAUACGGAACAUUUAUCACAACUAAUAUUAUAAAAGCGAAAGUUUGUGAGUGUGUAUGUUUGUUACUUCUUCACGUCUAAACGGCUGCAUCGACUUUAAUAAAAUUUGGUAUGGAGUUAGCUUACACCCUGGAUUAACACAUAGGCUACGUCUUAGUGCGGGAAAAUAUCCCUAAUAAACCGCGGGUAACACCGCGAUGCACAGCUAGUUUUUAAUAUUUAUAAAUACUGUUCUCCAAGAAAAGUUAAUAUAAUCGUUCACUGCUAAAUAAGAGAGAUAUAGCUGACAUAAAAUAUACCUACAUCUAUAACUUAUCACCAUAAAAUGUUAAUUUUUGAGUUUUUAGUAAUCAUUUUUUUAAUUAACAGUAUUAUAUAUCUAUCAAGAAUCCUCAGCACGUGUAUCGUUAGGGAAGGAUUUUGUUCUCAUUCAUUAAAAUAAUAUUAGUAACAAUUAUAACGUUUGAAAGUGUGUAAAUGUUAGUAUAGUAUAGACAAGAUAUUUGCUAACAAUACUAUUUGAGUUACAAAAAAAAAUUGAUUUAUACACAUCAUAAUAAGGUGAACAGGCAUUUUAAGUAACAAAAUAAAUAUAGCUCGGUAUAUUUUUUUCUCAAAACCUCUAGUUAAAUAACGCAAGUCAUUUAUCAUUCGGCUUCAUAUAGGAAACAAAUUGAAGUAGCCGCGGUACGUCUUUUGUCUGAAUACUAAAAACAUGUUAACAUUUUAGAGUAUGUAAGCAAGAAAGUGCCGCAGAAAGUUAUAAAUUGGUAUAGUUUUGAUUUUCACCAAAGUCCUCUUUAUGACUACUUUAUAUUUUACUUAUACCUUAUUUCAGCAAAAUUGGUUUUGAUUAUACCUAAUUUCACCAAAAUUGGUUAAGGUGUAAAAAUAGCGUAGCAGAGCGACAUGCAAAUAGAGCUUAUUUUGCUUUUCCUACUUUAAUAUUAUAAAUGUGCAAGAUAGUAUCUUUGUAACUCAAUCCCGCAAACACUACUGAACGGAUUUAGAUGAAAUAUUUUAUUACCUGGAUUGAGACAUAGGGUUUAUAUACCUUUUAUCCCAGAAACAUAUUGGGUUCCUGUGGGUUUUUGAAAGAAAACUUAAGUAAACGCGGACGAAGACGCGGGCGGCCGCUAGUCUAUAUUUAUAUAUAUUUAUUAUUUAUAUAAAUGAAUCGUCAAAAAGUAUGUAUGUGAUGCGCAUCACUUCCGAACGACUAAACCAAAUUGGAUAUUUUUUUUAUUGUGGACUUUACUAUCAGAACAAGCUUUGUAGAAAAAAGCAAUAAAAAAGACAAUAGAAUUAUUUUGAAAAUAACUUUUAAUGAAAAAUUACUGGCCAUCUAAAUUUUAAAAUAUCUCCAUACGUAAUUUCAUUUUUAAUAUCAUAAUAUGAAAAGAGGUUUACUUUCAAGAUCGACGGUAUGCUGUCAAAAUACAAUCACCGCUUCUUUUGCAACAGCAAAACGGUAUUACGAUGGUAUGACGAGUGUUUUGAUUUGUGUUUAGAGAUUUUUCCUUGUAUUUUUCAUGGUUAUUGAUAAGAAAAUUUCACCAGUAUCAAGAAUUAUCCAAUUUGCUUCAUUCUUGUGCGUACAUUCUUUUCGACGAUUAAUUUAUAUAUAUAUAUAUAUAUAUAUAUACAUUAAUGUUUAUAUAUAUAUAGAGGUUUGUUUUACAUUUACUCCAAAUUAGUAACAAGUUCAUAGAUAUAUAAGAACAUAGAUAUGAUAUCAUUGACAGUGUUCAUAUAAAAUUGACAUUUGGGUAGCAGUUGCUUCUUCUGGAAUAACGGUCUUAUUGUUAGAAAAAUGUAGAAGAUGGAUAGAUUAAGGUGUUCCGGGAGCGCAAUGAUUUUACUGCCAAGCUAGAGAUUUCCGCGACAGUUAUUUCAAGAUUGACUAAUGCCACUGAAAUAAAGACUUACCUUUAUUAAUCGAAUUUGUAACGCCAUGUAAGUAAUACAUUUCCAGCUGGCAGUAAAUAUGAAUGUACAGAAGAUUUCUCCAAACAAUUGCUUAAUAUAGUAAAAGCUGUGUUUCUGUCGAACGGAUAGCUUUCAUUUCUUUCAAAUUAUUGUAAGCGGUACGAAGUUCGCCGGGUCAGCUAGUUUGUAAUAUUUGUAUAGACUUUAUACCUGUUCAAAAAAGUGAUUUAUUGAAAUUUAUAUGGAGUGAUAAAGGAACAUUUUGAUCUCACCGUCAUCCAAAAAUGGUUAUAAAAUCCUUGAUAAUGAUCUUGUCAAGAAACUGGAAACAAAUAUUUACAUAAAAUAAGAGAUUUGAGAGGUAUCGCGACUUAUAGAUCUACUAUAAUUUGACUUUUUAAAGCUAAGGUAGCUUUGUAAUAUUUAAUUUUAUUCUAAAUUCGAAUCAAGUUUUGUGCAUUAAAUACUCAAUUGACGUAAUGCAAAAUUUACAAAUUAUGGAUUUUUUUUAAUGAUAUUUAAAACAUAAUGUGGUUUCGAUUUUUAGAAAAGAUUCCGAUAAAUAUUUAUAUAUCUGCGAUAAAAACGUCUGUUCUUUAAAUUGCUAUGAAGCUUUAAUAAUUGCUAGCGAAGCUUACAAAAGUUGUUCUAUUAUUAUGGCGAAACUGUAUCGCUAAAUUUGUUAUUAAUAAAAAGUAAAUUUGAAUCAUGGCAGGUGAAAUAAAAAGUCAGUGAAAUAUAAGUCAUUAAUAUGGAAAUUUUUGUCGCGAACUUCACCUCAGGUGGUAAACCGGAUUGGUUGGCAACAGACAGGUUGUCACCUUAAGCUUUUGAACAUUAUUAAUUACGUAGCAACGACUUUCUGCGAGGUUUUAUUAUAACAUGAUGUUUUAAAUACUCUCUUCAGGUACGUUUUUUUUCAAAUCAAUAUGAGCAAUAUGUAACUAUAGUCAUCAUACUUUACAAAUUUAAGAAAUUAACAGUUAGGUUGCUUUUUGUCCAAACCACCAACAGUAACAGGAUGAAAUUUAGUUUUCUUGGAAAUAUCAAACUUUUCCCGUCUGAUAUCUGAGAAGAUAUAAUUAUAUUGUUGUUAAAAUUUCUGUGGUUGAAAAUCACUGACUUGAUUUCAUAUUAAAUUUUGGAUCUGUUUACAUAAUACGAUAAGAGUUUUCAAGUCAUAGCGUAAAUAAUGCAUUUUGUACUCGUUCUAUUCAUUUCACUGUUAACACAAGGAAAACUUAACCUUUAACUGUCAUCAUCAACAGCAUAUUAGGUUCCUCACUGUACUACAGGCCUUCCUUAAGAAUGGAAUACGGAAAAUGGGCCAUGACUCAGCCUCAGAUCAAGAAAAAAGAUCUUUUUUAUUGGUCUGAGGACCCAGCACGCAGGUUCGGUGCAGUUCGGUGGGUGCAAACCGCGGCAGAUGCAACGUUGACAAUUUUUGGUCGCUCACCCUAUGACCGGCCAUUAUGAAAGUUGCUUAACUACCAAUAUUGCAGACCGAAAGCACUUACCAGUGCACCAUCAAGCUCCUCACUGUGUUAUUUAUUUAACACUAGGGACCGCCCGCGACUAAUUCCAUCUUAACUUUAAUUAGAUAUAAUAAUAUCAUCUAAACAAAACUUUUAUUUGAUUUUUUGAGAAUCCCACAGGAUUUUUUUUUCCGGGAUUUAAAGUAUCCUAUGUCUCAAUUCAGGUCAUAUACUAUUUGCCUAUCAAAUUUCAACCGAACCCGCUCAGGAGUUUUUGCGUGGUUGAGACAAACAUACAAUCUUUCACAUUUCUAAUAUUGGUAGAGGAUCAAUGUUACUGGCUGAUCACAGGAGCGGAGGAAGUGGUCGCAGGAGCAUAGGAUCGGAAACUUCAGAAGUUUGAAAAAACCAGUUCUUUUAAAACCAGUGCAAAAAUUGUGCUUGAAACUUAGGAAACAAUAAUAUUAAGUGGUUAUUAUUACUUAAAAGCUAAUAUAUUUUAUCUUCAGUUUUGAACUAAUAUUUAUAAAAAAAAACACAGGUAUUCUAAAUAUUGGCAGAAGCAGCAUUUAUAUUUAAGUCACUCUACGUAAUCAAUCGUAAGUUUUUUUAUUCGAUAAAUGAUUAUGGUACCUGAUCAGCAUUUUAUUCUUUUAGUUAUCUGGUCAUUGGCUUGUUGUUAUUCAAUGUCAAACUUUAUAAUUUCAUGUAUUUUUUUUUAUAAAUAUUUGUUCAUUUAUAUAAAAUUCGUGAAUUUUAUGGCUGAGUCAAGAUUCUACUUUAAAUAUGCGUAUUUUUUAUGGAUAUUUAUCUAUAGUUUUGACAUUUACAAAACUUCACAGUUUAAAUUAGUGUUUAUUUUAAAAUAAGUAGCAGCUUUUAAAAGCUUGUCACUUUUUCUAUAGCUAGCGUAUGUAUGAAAUGGCACUAAAUACGACCCUGAACAUAAAACAAUAAAUAAUAAAUUUAUCACCGAAAUAUUCUUUGUAAAACCUUAAAAUGAAGUAGCUGUGACCGCAAAAACUGGUGAUUUCAUUUAUUCUUUCCUUGUUUUUGUGCUGCCUAUAAUUUCGCUUAAAGACCACUUCCGUUCCGACCAAUAUCUGUCAACAUAUUUCCACGUUGGGCUUGAAAACAUCACAAGAACUUGAUUUCAUUGACAACCACAGGGUGGAGCAUAAUGAGUUUUAAAUUAGUACUGCAGAUAAAAAGUAGUCACCGGGCACCCAUUUAACAUUUCUUUAUUUUAUAACUGAAGAUACAACACGAUCGACGCGCGUGAACUUAGUAUUGUUAAAUAUUUGUAUGCGGGAAUUCAGAAGGAAUGUAUGAAUUUUUAUUUCUGUAUUCAGCCUUAAAAUUGGGUUUUGGGGGAGUCGAUUGUAAGGAAAAUAGUGCCUGUAAAUGUGCGGUUGGUAGACGGCAAUGCGCGUACGCAACGGGCGGCCGGCGUCGCACCGUAUCCAUAGCAACGCACCCGCGGGUACAUAAGGCCACGCACAGUGUCUGACCACACAGAACGCUGAAUCCUGUAGAGCGCGCCGCACGUUGUGCUGCGGAUCACAGGCAAAUAGAGAAAAUAAGUUUUGAAGUUUCGUAAAUAAGUGAUAAUUUUUAGUUGCGAAUCUCAACUUAGACGUGUAUUGAAUUUCAGUUUCAAGUGUUGUGAUAAAAGACUUUUGUUACAAGAUGUUGUCCUUAGUGUUGUUUGUAACGGGAGGUUUCCUCCUUGCAACUGCAGAGGGUUGCGGCGCUGGAAAACAAAUGCUGAAAUCUGGAGGAUUGUCUGCGUUCGAGAAGCAAGCGAUCGUCGAUGCCCACAAUCGGCUCAGGCAAUCAGUUGCUUUGGGACAAGUUUCCAGUCAGCCUCCAGCGGCGAACAUGAUGGAGAUGGUAUGGGAUGAAGAAUUAGCAGCGACUGCACAGAGUUGGGCUAAUCAAUGCACUCCCGCGCACGACCGCGCUGCUCAGCGUGACGUCGGCCGCUUCCCGGUCGGACAGAACCUAGCCGCCACCUGGACCACUCGCCCCCCAUCCGACCCCACUGACUCGCAGCCCGACUUCAUGAAGCAAAUUAACGCUUGGUUCGACGAAGUCAAGAUCUACGGAUUCAAGCCCAUCAGCGGCGGACACGGCACUGGCCACUAUUCACAGUUGGUUUGGGGCGAGACUUCUCAAGUUGGUUGUGGCUACACGUUCUACUACGACCCGAGUCGAGGUUACACCAAGCUGUACGUCUGCAAUUACGGACCUGGAGGCAAUGUCAUCGGCUCCAAACCGUACGAGAAGGGUUACCCGUCUUGCAGCAGCUACGGUCUCUCUGAAUCAACAAAAUACUCUGGACUUUGCUCGGCUAGUUUCACCUCGUCGUCUAGUUUCCAGACCAUCGACAACACGAACACCUACAUCUCGAAUGUCAUUCCCGAGAGCACUGGAGAUUCUCAAGCAUACAACUACCAAUACAACAAUCAGUUCAGCAAUCAGUAUUAUAACCAGUACCAAUAUCAGUACAAACAACCAGAAACGUACCAUACAUAUCAUGCAGAGACCUCAACUUUCAGACCUUUCAUCAGUAUAUUCAAAACUGCUUCCAAUUUAUUAUCCAAAACAAAACCCCAAGUUAGAUUUGGUUCUUUUUACCUAUAAAAUAGUUCUCACGUGUUGUAACUUAAGCAGUAUUUUAUAACUUAUAGUUGUGACAGUUGUGUUACUCGACUGAUUAUUCGAACCCGGUUCAAACGGGACUUCGGAACGAUUUGUAGAUAAUUUGUUAUUGCUCUGUAAUUUUAUAUUAAAAUUACAAUGCUGUCGUGAAUGGCCUUCUAGUAUUAACGAAGAGUGUUGUUAUUGUAAAGACUUUAUUUAUGAGUAUGCUUAGAAUAAAAUUUUAAGUACUUGAUAA